AUGACAAAGCUUUUAAUGGAAUCACGCCUUAAAGGGAAUGCAUUUAAAUGGUUACAUUCGAGACCUGAGCAUAUUGCGAUGUCAGUAGAAGAAUUACUGAGCAAUUUGUGUGAAAUGUUCUGUCACCCUGAGAACGCACUUGAGAUGAGACGACGUUUUGAGGCGCGUGUUUGGAAGAAAGAAGAGAGUUUUAGCGAGUACUUGCAUCGGAAAGUUAUUUUAGGAAACCGUACGCCACGACUAGGCCAAAGGAAAACAAGUGGUUACCAGCGAAGAUGCGAAAAUGUGAAGCAGGAUAAAAAGGAAGUGCCAAAUAAUGAAUUGCGAUGUUACAACUGCGGUGACAAGAAUCAUCUGGGCGUGAACUAUCCGGUUAAAAAUAAAGGUCCAAGAUGUUUUGCGUGCCGAGAGUUCGGGCAUAGGGCCCAUAUUAAAAAUGAUAAUGUCAAACAAGAAUUAGAAGACAUUAUAUAUAAUUAUGAGCCGAAAGCCAUUAAAGAGUCUAAUAUUAAAUUGGAAAUAGUAUUAAAGGAUGAUAUACCUACGUAUCAACCUCUGUGUAGAUUAGCGCCGGUUCAGAGAGAAAUAGUGAAUAAACAAAUAGAUGAAUGGAUGCGAGCAGGGAUUGUGCGAGAAAAUACAUCUGAGUAUGGUAGUCCGAUUUCGGUUAAAAAUGCCAUUCAGCAGAAACGCCAUAGUAGAACGCGUUUGUGUGUAGACUAUAGAUUGCUCAAUAAGAAGAUAUGCAAAGAUCGUUAUCCACUAUCAUUUAUAGAAGAUCAAUUAGAUCGUCUACAAGGUGCUACGAUAUUUAGUACUCUCGAUUUAAAAGACGGUUUCUUUCACGUCGCAAUAGAGGAAAAUAGCCAGCAGUUUCCUGGUCCCAAGAGAAAGUCUUUGCAGCAAAAAUGGCAACGAAUAGUCGUCAAGGACCAUAAUGACAUUGGUGUUCUUGUGGCCAAUGCUUUGCCAAGAAGACAUUCUUCUUCUGUAUGUGUUGGUCUUCCGUGGAAACACUCCACAGAAUAA